GUAGGCAAUCGUGGGGAGUGAAGAGACGCUUUCUGUGAUUUUCGCUUCACAAGAAUAGGAUAGAAAAUCGGGGAUGGUGAAGGCGUGAUAGUCGGUGAUGAAGGGGGAAAGAAAAGGAGGGAGCGAGGCCAGAAAGAGAAGACCGUGAGAAAGUUGUAUCGAGAGAGAGAGAGAGAUAGAGAGCGCGAGAGAGGGAGAGGGAGAGGGAGAGGGAGAGGGAGAAGAGAGAAGAGAAGGGGAAGGUCAGGGGUAUACCUACCUGGGUCGGAGAGUCCCUAGAUCGACGCUGCCAGAGAUGGGGGAGGGGAUGGUGUGCCGGAGCGUUUCAGCGAGAAGUAGCCGUUAUUGAGUCCCAGUGUAGACUGCACCUCAAGACUUAUGAAAGUGGAGAAGCAACAGUUGGAGACUGAGAUCCCAAUUGGACAAUUGGACUGCAUCAAUCAUCCCAGCCUUCUUAGUAUUUAUAGUUGAUUUUAAGUACAGUCUAACAGGUUUACCAAAGACAAAAUCUGUAUUAGUGGUUGGAGGAUUUGGAUGCUCAAUCUUCUAUAUCAUUGGUGAAAUGUCUUUGUGGGUGAUUCAUGAAUGCUAAAAUAGGACUAAACCAAAUAUGAAACCUGGUACAAACCAAACUGAAAACUAGGCGGUUCGGUUUUGGGGUUUUGAAAACAGGUCCCUGUGUUUGGUUCAGCAGGUUAUGGUUAAUGCAUUUUGUAUCUUGAAGCUGAGGCAAAAUCGAACCAAAUAACUGAAACUGAAUCGAUUGACACCCUUAUUUAGCCCUCCCGAAGCUUCCAUGGCGCUGCCUCCAGGGCUUUACUCCAGCACUAACACUCUUGCUUUGGUUGCGCUCCUUGUGACUCUAGUUAGCGCCAAUAUGCUAGAUACAUCAUUGAGUCGAAAGGAACUCAAAGGAUACCAGCCGCUACAUGACUGUGAGCAAUACAAUGAUAGAAAGGAAGAAGAUCACUCAAGAUACAGUUCUGCUGAUCAAGUUCACAAUAACCCUGGGGAAGAGGACAUCGAAAUAGUUGCAACAUACAGUGAUGCUUCUGGUGCUAUUCAAACUAGUGCUGUCAAAUCGAAGGAUUUAUCUGCUUCAUGGGUCUGGGAGAACCCUGUCAAAAAAAUUCACGAUGAGCUGAAGAUUAGCCAGGCAAGUGAAGAUUUGUUUGAACAUGAGAUGAGUGGGUCGGAAGGCAUCACGGAACGUCAAUAUGGGAGAGGAGACAUACAGUAUCAACCAGGGUCUCCAAUCAACCCUGUGAAACUCCAACGCCUGAAACUGCGACUGGAAAGAAAAAAACUCCGAACUGCAGAACUAAUUAACCAGAAUAAAGAGACAGAAAAGCAGAUGCAAGCAGCAGCUAUUGAACGGUCAAAACAGCUCAAUAUCUCGGUCACAGAAAAGUACAGUAUAUGGAGAAAGGAAUAUGAAACUCCGCUCUCUAACUCCUUGUUGAAACUUAUGCGGGAUCAAAACAUAAUGGCCAAAGCAUAUGCAACCAUUGCUCGGUCCAAGAAUGAUCUGAGUCUCUAUGAACCCCUGAUGGAACACAUUAAGGAAAGCCAGCAUGCUAUUGGAGAAGCUAAUUCUGAUGCUGAGCUACACCCAGGUGCACUUGAUCGAGCUAAAGCAAUGGGUCGUGUUUUAUCUCUGGCAAAGAAUCAAUUACAUGACUCUUCUGUAGUAGCAAGGAAGUUAAGAGUCAUGCUGCAGUCCACUGAGCGUAAUGUAAAUGAGCUGAAGAGGAAAAGUGCAUUCUUGAUACAGCUUGCUGCAAAAACGGUUCCCAAGCCACUGCAUUGUCUCCCAUUACAGCUUACAACUGACUAUUUCUUGCGGGAUCGUGGAACUGAAGUUGUAAACAAAGACAAGCUUGAAGAUCCCUCUCUUUACCAUUAUGCCAUUUUCUCUGACAAUGUUCUUGCCACAUCCGUUGUAGUCAAUUCUACAGUGUUACAUGCAAAGGAACCAGAGAAGCAUGUGUUUCAUAUAGUCACCGAUAAACUGAACUUUGCUGCCAUGAAGAUGUGGUUCCUUGUCAAUUCUCCUACAGAUGCAACAGUCCAAGUCGAGAACAUUGAUGAUUUCAAGUGGCUUAAUUCUUCUUACUGUUCGGUUCUACGCCAGCUUGAAUCUGCAAGAAUCAAAGAGUUUUAUUUCAAGGCUAAUCACCCAUCCUUCCUUUCUGCUGGUUCUGAUAAUCUCAAAUAUAGAAACCCCAAAUAUUUGUCGAUGCUGAACCAUCUAAGGUUCUACCUUCCUGAAGUUUACCCCAAGCUAGACAAGAUUCUAUUUCUGGAUGAUGAUAUUGUAGUUCAGAAAGAUUUGACGCCUCUUUGGUCUAUUGACCUGCUCGGAAUGGUGAAUGGAGCUGUGGAGACUUGUAAAGAGAGCUUCCAUCGGUUUGAUAAGUAUCUCAACUUCUCUAACCCAAAGAUCUCUCAGAAUUUUGAUCGAAAUGCAUGUGGGUGGGCAUUUGGAAUGAAUAUCUUUGACUUGAAGGAGUGGAAAAAUCGAGAUAUCACUGGAAUAUAUCACCAUUGGCAAGACAUGAAUGAAGAUCGGACUCUGUGGAAGCUAGGGUCACUGCCACCAGGAUUGAUUACAUUCUACAAUUUGACUUAUCCUUUGGAUCGGAGAUGGCACGUGUUGGGACUUGGGUAUGAUCCAGCACUUAACCAAACUGAGAUAGAGAAUGCUGCUGUCAUCCACUACAAUGGGAACUACAAGCCGUGGCUUGACUUGGCAGUCACCAAGUACAGGUCCUACUGGUCCAGAUAUGUCCAAUUUGAUAACCCUUACCUUCGACUUUGCAACAUUAGUGAAUAAUCAUUCUCUCUGUUUAUAAUUAGGGAUGCCUGGGUAAGUUCAGGAAUAUCAUAUUCUUUUGAUUCCUUUCUGUAAAUUUGGCCAGUCAUCCAUGAUGCCCCACAUUCUUGUUAUACUCUUUAAGGGAUAAAGAUGGAGAGCUUAGGAGCGAUCCCUUCUGCUACUUUGUGGACUCUGGACCCCCAAGGGCCAAGAAAGAGGUCCUCCAUCACAACACUGUAUUAGAUGGUUUGGGUUCUAGAAUCUGAUCCAAGUGAUUGGUCAUCUAUUUUUCUUCCUUGGAACUCAUAGAUAGCUCUACAUGACGAUGGAGGUGAAUAGGAAUAUUGUUUUUAA